AGCCACACGGGAAGAGGAGAGCCUCACCCUGACCGACCUGAUGCCGUCCACCCAGUACUCUGUCCUCAUCCGGGCCGCAACAACUGCUGGAGGAGGACCGCACGCUGUUGCUCUCUGCUCCACUCCAGAUGAGGUUCUCACAACCACAGAGGCAGAGACUGUCGGCUCUUCUUCUACUUCUUCUACCAAGGGUACACAGCACUCCACAAGUUCCAUCCCAGGUUCCACAACUGCAGCACCUGAGCCAGAUUCUACUUCUACUACAAUGUCAGAAAAACGUACAAGUGUCGUAGCAGUGCCCCCUGAUCCUCCAGUACUGCAGCUUAAGGAGGUCACAUACAAUUCAUUUUCCCUUUUUUGGAUUAGUAGCCUUGAAGGCGACAGUCCCAUCACAGGCUUCGACUUGAAGUAUAAAACAGAAAAUGCAUCAUGGGAUUCUACAACUGACAGUAUUGAAUUUAGUCCCAACCAGACAGAAGCCACAAUGGUAGAAUUGCACCCUUCAACGUAUCACGUCUGCGUGUUUGCCAAGAACAGACACGGCGUCAGUAAACCCAGCAACAUCCUCACCGUCACCACUGGACAAACAGGUCAUGAAAAGGACGAUCUUGUCACCACCGGAACAAGUGACACUCGUGCCGCUGUGGUGCUUGAAGGCACUGAGAGCCAUCACUUUGCUGCUGUAAUACCUGUGGUUUUGGUACUUUUGGUGGUUGCUGCAGUGAUUACAUGGCAGUGUCGACGGGUAAAAUACAAACAAGACCAACUGAGCUUGUGGUUGACCCACAGAGCUCCACAACUGAGUAUCUCUGAGUCACUAGGGGAACUUUGAAACUCUGGAAUUUUGGUUUGUCUGUUGAAACAUUUGGGAUAUUUCAGUGUUGGUUUUUGAAUCUGAUUUGACCUGGAACAACAACUUUUGUCAGUUUAAUCAAGGGACAUUAUCUGUGUCUGUAUUUCAAAAAACUAUAUUUACUUCUAUUAGUCACUGUGAAAUAUUUAACAGGGGUUUGUUUUGAAAGGUGAUCAACAUUUUGCUAAACCUAUAGUCUGCUGCGUAAACGCUUGUUAAUAAAAGACAGAAAAAAAUAUUAGCUCACUUUUGGUAACUGAUAAAGUCUAUAUCACAUCAGUCUUUUUGCAGAUGAUUUACUGUAAACAGUUAAUUAUUUAUGUAUUGUCAAAGUUUGUCAUCAAAGUGUACUUUUUUUGUUUUGUGUCUGUGCAGUAGCUAAAUAUUAUAAAUUAAACACAAUACAUUAAA